AUGAUACUCACCAGCACCCUACCACUCAAAGAUGGAACUAUAAUAGCUGGAAAACACUCCCUUCGACUACCAAUGAUUGCCCCAAAAGACGAGCCCAACAGUCCCACGACCCCGCCGGGCUUGAGCGCUCCUACUACUAUGAGUCUUAGUAUUCCACCCCGAGUACGGCUGCCGUCUCGAUCGCGAACUGGUUGCUGGACAUGCCGCAGCCGCAAAGUGAAAUGUGAUGAACGUCGUCCUAGCUGUGGCCAAUGUGCUCGUCUAGGUCAUGGCUGCGACUACAGUCCGCGUUUGACUUUCCGCGAUGACACAGCUCGUGUAGUGGAGCGCAUGACCGAGGUGUCCACCACCGGCAAUGCCGUAUGGGAUUCCCAAGCACGCACUCUCUCUCCGCCCGUCACUCCGGGUGUCUACGAUCCUCUGCCUCCUUUCUUCAUGCUGACCUCAGAUGAUGAACGUGAAAAGAAAGCAGAGGCCAGCUUCCCGGGUACAUAUCAUGUUAUAGUAAACCCAGAAAGCUUUUCAAAUUUGCCGGAAUACACUGACGAGACGUCAUCCGUCGAUCUCAACAUUGGGCACCUUAAGAUUCGCCGGGGUUCCGGAACUAGUUCAACGCUUAGCCAAAAAGACGACCUGCACGGCAUCAGUGAAGAUCCAAACACUGUUAUUCUGGAUACUUUCGAAGAUAGCACCCAUCGCUCUCCUGUCGCCAAUUGGAGGAGGGCGAGAUUAUCUCCUGCAUCGGACAUCACUUCUACCUCCACUUUGGCCUCUCCUACAUUCUUUCCUCCCGAACAACAUGGCCCAUUGACAUUAGACCCGGCUACUGCUAGAUACAGCAGUCAGGAAGAGUUACUACUUGCUCACUUCCGCGAUGUGGUCUGGAAGCAACUCAUCCAAGGCCAAUCGAGUCACGAUCUCUUUUCUCCUCUCUCUAGUCCUAUAAUACCAGGUGUAGAGAUCUUUGAAGACCUCGCAUCCACUUUUCAACCUUUAUACCAUGCUAUCAUGGCUGUAUCUGCUCUCAGUCUAGCUCGUCAGCACCGCAGCAAAAGUAUUGAUGCUUUGCAACACUACCAACAAGCAUUCCCUUCCCUUCAGAUUGCCCUCCGUGAUACGAAUGAUCUUUGUUCCGACGGUCUUUUCCUGACCCACUUUCUUCUUUUGGUCUACGAGGUGGCCGCCGCUGAAGAAGCCGGAUCGAAUCUAUGGUCACACCACAUGGCCCGGUUAACUCAAAUCUCCCUCAUGCGAAUAUCGCAGUUCGGUAGCGAGCAGUACCCUUAUAUCGUCUGGUUGGUUUGCAAUAUCGAUCUCUAUGCUUUACUCAGCGGUGCUGGCACUGGCGAGUUCCUUAAAACCAUGCUUGACAACAAUCUGCUUCCCAGCUCAGGGAGUCAAUUGUAUCCUGUGGCUCCAAGUGGGCACAGCGUAAUCUACCCAGAGGAACACGAGACAUUACCCUCUGUUCUUCACUUCAACCACGAGACGUUUGUUCUAGCAAGUAGGCUCGCUUUCCUUGCUGCUGACCUUCGCCACCAAAGUGACGAGUAUCAUACUGGUUCACCACCAUCUCCGAAUCGGGCCUUUGACCCCAAAAGGCGUCUUUACGAGAUCAGGGACAGCUUCCACCGAUUGUGGGACUGCCCACAGGCUCAUUACUUGUGUGAGAAUAUGAAAACGCUACCUCAGCGAUCUCGUGAGGUAUUGCAAAAUGCAUUGUCGCUUUACCACUCUUGCAUGCUUUUCUCUUACACAAGCGUGUGGAAUGGACAACUGCUCGGACCGGAAGGUGCUUCUGACGAGAUUCUGGCUCACCACACAAACAAUAUCUUCCACAUUGCAGAGAGCAUUGUCCACUCGAAUCAGUUCGAUCUCCGCUUUAUCAUCUUUCCACUUUUCAUUGCUGGUGUCUCAACCUCAUCAACGGGUCAGAAGAUGAUGGCAAUGGACUUUAUAUGCAGUAUGGAAAAACAAGGCAUCGGACGCAACGCCACGACUACACGACAUUUGCUUCAGAUGGUCUAUCAAGCACAAACCGAACAGCUUAUGACUAUUGGCCACUCGGCUAAUGUUGGGUGGUCGGAUGUGAUGGUCCAGCAGGGUAUACAAAUCGUCAACUUUGGACUGUAG